CUAAUUUUCUCACUCAGAAUUCAAAAACGACGGUUUUUUCACCAAAUUCAAUAACUCAAAAUUCAACAUCUUCAUUUCUUAUUCAAAUAUCAUCUGUUUUUACUGAAAAUUCAACAUCAACCGUUCUUACUCAAAUUUCAACAUCUACUAUUAUUACUCAGAAUUCAACAUUUACCGUUCUUAGUCGAAAUUCAACAUCUACUAAUGAAGCACCGAUACAACAUUCUCUGGGUCUUUUGAACGCCACCACCAAUAACUAUGAACAAGACUCUGAACCAACCAAGACAGCACCACAAGACUCUGAACCAACCAAGACAGCACCACAAGACUCUGAACCAACCAAGACAGCACCACAAGACUCUGAACCAACCAAGACAGCACCACAAGACUCUGAACCAACCAAGACAGCACCACAAGACUCUGAACCAACCAAGACAGCACCACAAGACUCUGAACCAACCAAGACAGCACCAACAACCCAUGAUUCUGCAUUUCUCGAUCAGAAACUGAAGGCACUAGACUAUAUAACCCAGCAUGUCAAGUCAGAAGAGUGUAAACAUUUGGCUACUGUAGCAGUCGACGCAGUGUCUAGCCUUGAAACUGCAUGUGCCUUAACAGAAACACAGAAAGAUCUUUUAUACGCCAAAUGUUCUGAAGCAGAUAUCGUAGUUAUAAAAAAUGCUGUCUGUGGUGUUGAAGAAACAACGACAAUAUCACCUGAAGAGGAAAUACUGGUUCAGAAACAGAAAGCCUUGGACUAUAUCAACCAUAAUGUUAAGUCUGAAGACUGUACAAAUUUUGCAUUGACAGUUGUGGAUGCAUUGCCUAGCCUUUAAGUUACAUGCAAUAUGAUCGAACCACAGAAAGAACUUUUGAUUUCCAAAUGUUCGGAAACAGAGUUUGAACUAAUAAAGAAUGCUGUAUGCGUCACUCAUGUAGUUUCUAAACUUAGCACUACGCCAAUUUAUGUACCUACCCUAAAUUCAUCAUCUGCUGUUCUUUAUCAAAAAUCAAUAACUACUGUUCAAACUACAAUGGAACACAAUGCGAUAGUUUUAAAUGAGUCUGCUAAAAAUUCUACACAAGACGUCACACCAACCACUGUUACUCAAGGUUCCAACUCACAGCCUCAGACAUUGACAACAACGACCACUACCAUACAUCCCAAAAUUGUUGACCACAAACAGAAAGCCUUGGACUAUAUCAACACGAAUGUCAAGUCUGUAGAGUGUCAAGUGUUUGUUUCGGUGGCGAUGACCGCUUUGUCUAGCCUUGAGACCGCGUGUGCAAUAAUGGAAACACAGAAAGAAAUUUUAAAAUUCAAAUGUUCUGAUGCAGAUAUCAUAGUCAUAAAAACAGCUGUUUGUAGUGUUGAAGAAACAACGACAUUAUCACCUGAAGAGGAAAUACUGGUUCAGAAACAGAAAGCCUUGGACUAUAUCAACCAUAAUGUUAAGUCUGAAGACUGUAAACAGUUGGCCUCGGCGGCGACGACAGCAUUGUCUAGCCUUGAAGUCGCCCGUGCCUUAACGGAAACACAGAAAGAACUUUUGAUUUCCAUAUGUUCGGAAACAGAAUUCGAAGUAAUAAAGAAUGCUGUAUGCGUCGCUCAUGUAGUUUCUAAACUGAGCACUACGCCAAUUUAUGUACCUACCCUAAAUUCAUCAAGUGCUGUUCUUUAUCAAAAAUCAAUAACUACUGUUCAAAUUCCAAUGGAAAACACAAUGCGAUAGUUUUAAAUGUCUGCUAAAAAUUCUACACAAGACGUCACACCAACCACUGUUACUCAAGGUUCCAACUCACAGCCCCAGACAUUGACAACCCCGACUACUACCACAUAUCCAAAAAUUGUUGACCAGAAACAGAAAGACUUGGAUUAUAUCAACACGAAUGUCAAGUCUGUAGAUUGUCAAGUGUUUGUUUCGGUGGCGAUGACCGCUUUGUCUAGCCUUGAGACCGCGUGUGCAAUAAUGGAAACACAGAAAGAAAUUUUAAAAUUCAAAUGUUCUGAUGCAGAUAUCAUAGUCAUAAAAACUGCUGUCUGUAGUGUUGAAGAAACAACGACAUUAUCACCUGAAGAGGAAAUACUGGUUCAGAAACAGAAAGCCUUGGACUAUAUCAACCAUAAUGUUAAGUCUGAAGAGUGUAAACAGUUAGCAAUUAUGGCGGCAACAGCAUUGUCUAGCCUUGAAGCUGCAUGUGCCUUAACUGAAACGCAGAAAGAAUUUUUGAUUUCCAAAUGUUCAGAAACAGAGUUCGAAGUAAUAAAGACGGCUGUAUGUGUCAGUGAUAUAGCCUCUUCAUUUAUUACUACGCCAACUUAUAUCCCUACGCUAAAUUCAACAUCUGCUGUUCUCAAUCAGAGUUCAACAUCUACUGCAGAAACAAAAAUGAAAUAUAUUCCGCUUGGUUUAAAUGCAACUUUGAAUAAUUCUGCACUAGACAUCACACGAAACACUGUUACUUCAUUUUCCACUUCGCGGCCUCAGACAUUGACAACAACGACCACUACCAUACAUCCCAAAAUUGUUGACCAGAAACAGAAAGCCUUGGAUUAUAUCAACACCAAUGUCAAGUCUGUAGAUUGUCAAGUGUUUGUUUCGGUGGCGAUGACCGCUUUGUCUAGCCUUGAGACCGCGUGUGCAAUAAUGGAAACACAGAAAGAAAUUUUAAAAUUCAAAUGUUCUGAUGCAGAUAUCAUAGUUAUAAAAACAGCUGUUUGUAGUGUUGAAGAAACAACGACAUUAUCACCUGAAGAGGAAAUACUGGUCCAGAAACAGAAAGCCUUGGACUAUAUCAACAACAAUGUUAAGUCUGAAGACUGUAAACAUUUUGCAUCGACGGUGGUGGAUGCAUUGCCUAGCCUUGACGUGGCCUGUGGCAUGAUCGAAACACAGAAAGAAACUUUGAAAGAACAUUGUUCAGAAGCAGAUAUCGAAGUCAUAAAAACUGCUGUUUGCUUACAUGAUAUAUCGGCCGAACCAAUUACGACGUCCGCUCCUGACAAAGAUGCAGACGCCCACAGAGAGAAGCUCCUGUGUGUUAUAGAUACUCAGUUAUCUUCUAAAACCUGCAAGGCCACCAUACGGGGCCAGGCCGAGGGUAAAUCAGACAGAGUGGAAGGUUGCAACACUCUAAAAAUGUUUGAGCCUCUCCUGGCCCAGUUUAACUGUACCGUCGAUGACUAUAAUAAACUUUAUGAAGUCAUCUGUGAAGACAAGGACGUGCCAUGCACGCCCAUUGGCACAUCCAUCGAUCCAGUUGAUGGGGUCGUUCAGAGUCUUACAUCGAGAUGUAAAUCUAACAUAAGUGUCGUGUCCAAUGAUCUAAAGAAUCCAACAGGAUGUUCCAAAUUGGCCUCUUUGAAAGGUGAGCUCCUCGCUAAUUUGAUUUGCGCACCCGGGGACAUUGAGAAGCUGCAUCAAAUCGUGUGCAAUAAGAAUAGCGCUACUGUAAACGGAAGCAUCGCCCAUGGAAACGUGAUGGACAAGGCCGUUGAAGCGAUACGAACAAAUCUUUCAAAAAGUUUCUGCGAUGUCUUCUGGUACGAAAUUCAAAGAAACAUAACUCUGGACGAUCUUUGCCUGAAAGUGAAAUCAGCGGGUCCCACGCUGGUGGCUUGGGGUAGCUGCACACAAGAUGACUACGACACACUUGAACCCAUUGUGUGUGAGCUUCAUCAGAAAGACGAGAUCCAUCGGACAAUACUAACCUUAUCGAAUGACUGCAAGCAGAUGAUAUUGGAUCAGGAGAGACGGGUGCAAGAGUUAACCCCAGUCGUAAUUUGCAGAAUUUUGUCAGCCUCUCACGACGCACUGCUCUCCACGCAGACAUGCAGCGAGGCCGAGCUUACAAAACUGAACGAUGUCUUGUGUAAUAAACUGUCUUGCCAGAUGUAAGAUGGGGUGAAUAUAUAUGUAUAUUUUUUGUUGUUAUAUAGCUGUUUUUUUUUUAAUUAAAUAAAUGUAUGUGAUUAUUUUUAAUGUCAUGAUUAUGUUUGUUAAUAUUUGUUAAUGUGAAGCGCGGUGAGCCUAGCCCUAUUUUUGUUAACCGGGCUAUAUAAGACCACUGUAUUAAUAAUAAUAAUAAGAAGAAGAAGAAGAAAGACAUUGACAGUUAUGCCUCUAGUUUUACUCGUGAUUCUGU